AGCGAAAUGCCAAAGAUUAGAAAGAAAACAUCAAAGAGAACGGGAUUGUUCGAGCGUGCUAAGAUUAAGCAGAAAGCUAAGGAAACGAGAAGGAAGAGAUCUAGAGACGAGAGAAGAGAUCCAACCUGGAAGAACAAGAAGAAGAAGAAAGCUGAUCCAGGUAUACCGAAUAGUCUGCCUUUCAAAGAGGAAGUUUUGGCUGAGAUCGAGGAGAAUAGACGGAGGGUAUUAGAAGCUAGAGAAGCCGCAAAAGCUGCAAAAGAGGCUGGCGAAGACGUCGAUCUGAGCGGAAGUGAUGAUAACGAAGACGUCUCAGACGAGGAAGACGCAGAAGAUGGCGAUAUUCCAGCACUUGUAGACGCUUCAAUAGCUACAGAUGCUCCUGAGAACUUCGGCGCAAGCGUCGAGGCAGCAGAUGUCAUUCUUGAAGUGCUCGACGCUAGGGAUCCACAGGGAUUCAGAAUUGAUGCGAUUGAAAAAUUACAAAAGAAGAAGAAAAUUGUCGCUAUUCUCAACAAAGCUGAUCUCGUCCCAAGAGAAACUGUCAGCGGAUGGUACAACACCCUCAGUAGCGUACUCCCAACAGUCGUAUUCGCUUCAGCUGCUCAUAUUCCCCCAAUUGAAGGAUUUGCUGAUGGUUUAUCUUCUACAAUCGGUGAGGAAGCUCUCAGAAACCUCCUCGGUGUUUAUGCAAAGGAAAAGAAAGGAAAACACCCACUGAAAGUGCUUGUUAGUGGAUUGCCAAACGUUGGUAAAUCAGCUAUUCUCAACACAAUGAUUAAGCAACCAUACUUCAAAACAGCAUCUAUCUCAACAAAUUCUCUAAUUGGUGCUAAAAAUCCAACUACUACCACUUUAGAAAUAUCAGCUGUUGAUGUUGAUAACGUUAUUUAUAUUGAUUCACCAGGUGUUUCAUUCAUCGGACAAGCUGUUUCUCCACCUGCAGAAAUUUUGAGACGGAAUCUUGGUAGACCAGAUAAGGUUAAAGAACCUCAAGUGUUAGCAGAAUGGAUACUUAAUAGAGCAAAUGAAGAGGAUUUAAUGAUGUUCUUUAAAUUACCUGCAUUUGCUUCAGGUGAUCAUGAAGCCUUCUUCAGGUCAUUAGCUAAUGUUAUCGGCCGCAUAAAGAAGCGUGGUAUUCCUGAUUCAAAUGGUGCAAUGAGAGAUUUCAUCUUGAAAUAUGUCAAGUAUGAUAUUCCUUAUUACACUGUUGCCCCGCCUUCAAAUGAUAAGAAAAAAGCAAAGCAGAUUAAAGGUGUAUCGGAUGUUAUCAAUAAGGAUAUCGAGAAACUUGCUCAAAGAAAGCCACUUAGGAAAGCUAGAGGAGAGAUUAGACUGGUUGCAGCACCAACUGAUUCUGUUAUUGAGAGUCGCGAAUAUAUUCCAACCACUGGUGGUCCAGUUGAAGACGACGAAAGUGAGGAGGAAGAUGAAGUUGAUGAAGAUGACGAGGAAGAGGAUGAUGAAGAAGUUAUGGAUGUUCUUGACGCAGAAGAAGACGUGGAAGAUGAUUUGACACCAGAUCAAGAAGAGGAACUCGAAUCACCACCUCCAACCAACUCAAAGAAGAGAAAGGAAAGAGCGCCAAAGGUUACAUUUGCUAAAGAAGUAGAAGUUUCAGACGUCCCAAAGAAAACCUCAAAGAAGGAUGCUAAGAAGGACAAAAAAGAAGCUAAGAAGGUAACUCCAGCUCCAACUAAGAAAGCUAAAGUAGAUGAAGGCGUCUCCGCCAAGCAAGGCCUCAAAGGCAAGAAACUUGACAAAGUACAAGGAGAGGCAUUUGACUUUAACGAAUUCUUUUAGAAAUAUUUGUAAUACAACAUACAAUAUUAUUAACU